GCAGUGUUAUUUUUUGUUUUGAUAAUCGGUUCAUCUAAUCUCUCGUGCUCAUUUACGAGUAUUUAUUUUAUGCGUUUGAACGUUUGUUUGGUUGUUUUAGCGGUUUCGAAUCUCGGACGGAUAAUGAUUGUUGUGGACGUUUCGAUUUAUUUGUUUUGGUGCAUGGCGUGGAUCUUCAAUGCCGAUUUCUUUUGUAUUUAAGUCUAUUUGGAAAUCUAUAUUGCGCUUGAUGAUUUGGCCUUCGUCUGGCAGUUCAAAUCCGGCGGAUUUUAGAGGCUACUGUAUGAUUCCUUGUUGUUGCUUCCAUGUUACUCGUUUUGGAGGGAAAUUUGAUUUCUUAAGUUCUUGGAAGCGUGCGUGAUUUCUCUUCCCUAUUUGGCUGGCAGCGAUAUCGAGAGGUCUUGUAUUGGUUGGGUGGAUGGAAGGAGAGAAGAAAUAGGGAGUUUCUUACGGUUACGAUACGAAAAUAAACGUUCAAUGAAAUUGAUUUUUGAUCUACUGUAAUCGACCGCUGGUGUUCAAAGCAGUAAGAAAUGAGUACGGAAAACGUUGCUUUUGAAGUUGAAGAGUGCUCUGUCCGGAUCACAAGGGCACGGGCAAAAGAGCUUAGCGAAUCAGGAGGCAUUCUAUGCUCCUCAAAAUCUUCUGGAGUUCAGAAGCCACUUCUACGAGCUAACUCAAAAAGAAUGGCAUCUGAUGAUAUUAAGAUUUGUUCAAUCUCUUCCAAUGGCCUUCCUAUUAAAAGAAGAGCAGUGCUCAAGGAUGUGACUAACAUUUCCACCAAAGGGUCUGAUAAGAAUUGCGGCAAUGCUUCUAAUGUUCGGGGUGCCAAACCAACUAGAAGAGUUUCUGCGAAGGCUAAGGAAAAUGCACCUUUAAAUGUUUCUGUAGGAGCAGAAGAAGAUGCAAACACAAGAUUAGCGGAGGAUUUAUCUAAAGUAAGGGUGGUAGAAUCACAAGAGGUCUCUUCACGAGGAACUUCAGACAAAAAAGAGAGAACAGUGCAAGCCAUGUGUCCCAAUAGCAGAGACUGUGGAGUUUCAGAUAUUACUCUCUCUGUAUCUUCAGAUGAAUCUGUCCCUCAGCCAAAUGAAAAAAAUAUGGCACCUGAACAAUCGGCAGCAUCUAAGGAUAGAGGCAUUAUAAACAUUGAUUCGGACUCCAAAUGUCUUCAAUCAUGCAGCAUAUAUGCUCCAGACAUAUAUGACAGGAUACGCGUGGCGGAGCUUGAUCAAAGGACCUCAACAAACUAUAUGGAACAGUUGCAGCAAGAUAUCACUGAAAAAAUGCGAGGAAUACUGAUUGAUUGGAUUGUAGAGGUCACUGAAGAAUAUAAGCUGGUUCCAGAUACACUCUAUCUCACUGUGAAUAUUAUUGAUCGGUUUCUCUCGCAAAAUCAUAUGGAGAAAAAACGUCUGCAACUUUUAGGUGUUGCAUGUAUGCUAAUUGCAUCGAAAUAUGAGGAGAUCUGUGCACCGAGAGUGGAAGAUUUCUGCUUCAUUACUGAUAAUACUUACACAAAAGGAGAGGUAGUAGAAAUGGAGAGUGAAGUUCUGAACCAACUGCAUUUUCGUCUAUCUGUUCCCACUACAAAGACAUUUCUAAGGAGAUUCAUACAAUCAGCUCAUGCUUCUUACAAGGUUCCUUGCACUGAACUUGAGUUUUUGGCCAAUUAUUUAGCUGAGUUGAGUCUUGUUGAAUACAGCUUCCUAAAGUUCCUUCCUUCUCUGAUAGCCGCAUCAGCCGUAUUUCUUGCGAGAUGGACACUUGACCAAUCAGAUCAUCCUUGGAAUCCAACUCUAGAGCACUAUACAUGUUACAACGCUUCUGAGCUGAAAACUGUAGUGCUUGCCCUCCAAGACUUGCAACUUAACACCAGUGGUUCCUCGCUAAAUGCCAUACGUGAGAAGUAUAAACACCCCAAGUUCAAAUGCGUAGCGAAACUAACAUCUACUCGAUCGGUUCUAUCACUAUUCUGAAGAACAAGAAUGAUCCUUUUCUUCCCAAAACACCACAGGAGGAUGUCUUAUCUUUUGAGUUGAUCUGCCAUUCUCCUUCUAACCUCCCCCAACUGUGACGGAGCUAAAAGAACAGCACAUCCUUUUUGAACUCAAUGACUUGGAAUGGAACCACACUUCCUCUGCACUCUCUCUGGUAUCUCCUCUCUCUGUGUAAUCUUAUGCUUCUUCUAAUGUCAUGACUUGUACAUUAAUAUUCCCUUAGCUGAGAAAAUACUUCAUU